AUGGCGCCUGCACAACCAGAACUCAAGAAGUACCUCGACAAGCGUCUGUUCGUCCAACUGAACGGCAGCCGCAAGGUCCUUGGCGUCCUCCGUGGAUACGAUGUCUUUCUCAACAUUGUGCUAGACGACGCCGUCGAAGAGAAGGACAAUGGGGAGAAAGUAAAGCUUGGCAUGGUGGUCAUCCGCGGAAACUCAGUUGUCAUGCUGGAGGCCCUCGAGAGGAUUGGCGGCGAUGAUCGGGGCGGUCGCUAA